AGGUACAACCUGACGGGAGGGGACGUCGGGCUGCUGCCGAACAACAGCCAGGCCUGUGCCCAGUUUCUGGAGCAGUACUUCCACCAGGCUGACGUGGCGGAGUUCAUGCAGCUCUUCGGCAGCAGCUUUGCCCACCGCUCUCAGGUCGACCGAGUGGUCGGGCACCAGGGCAAGGGCAAGGCAGGGCUGGAGGCCAGCCUGGACGUGGAGUACAUCAUGAGCACGGGCGCCAACAUCUCCACGUGGGUCUUCAGCAACGCAGGGAGGCACGAGAGCCAGGAGCCCUUCCUGGCCUGGCUGCUGCUGCUCAGCAACAUGUCGGCGCUGCCUGCGGUGCACUCGGUGAGCUACGGGGACGACGAGGACAGCCUGUCGCAGGCCUACAUGGGCCGUGUGAACGGGGAGUUCAUGAAGGCGGCCGCCCGGGGCUUGACCAUCCUCUUUGCCUCCG